AUGCUCAACUCACUUCUGAAUGUGCCGGUGCCGGUGAUGGUGCGACCGCUGCGCAUGUUGGGUGGUGGCACCCCCAACUCAAAGGACGGCAGAAGUGGACACCGAUCGUCACGCCAGGCGCAAAGCCCACGCUCAUUGCCGGGCUUCAGUAGCAACAAAGUGAGCCCAAGGCGCACUGGCCCUCUCGCAGACAUGGUGAGUACGGAGGCAAGAAAAUCGUCAGUAACGCCACCUCCGCGGCCGACGAUCACCAUCUUUGCAGAACUCGACAAGGAUGACGCACAGUCCGGUGGUGUGGGCUUCGGGAAUGCUAGCCGCACCACGAUGAAGGACUACACUACCAGAGGUGCAGCUCCCCAAGUCGACCAGGACCCCCUUGCCAGUACCCAGACCGUAUUGACGCCCAUGGGCUACAGCUCUUUGUGUCAGUAUGCCAACGCCGAGGCCACAGCGAAAAUGUCAACCUCAUUCUCGAAUGAGAGUGCAGUCGUGGCAGGAAUACGGCGGAAGAGCGGCUUUCUCACUUCCGCUGGUGGCAACGAUAGUCGUGAGAACGUGGACGGCACCAGUUUGAGGCCACCCAGCUUAGCUGACUCCUCCGAUCUUGCCGCGCAGCGCAACUCGAGCUUCCUCUCAGUGUUGCCAACUGAAAAAUCGUGGAUGCACGGCCGGACAUCAACGUAUACCGGGAGCGAGGAAGCAGAGCAUCAUCCCGUACGCAUCUCCGCGACACCUGUCGUGCCCAUCGUUCCACACGUCGCCGAGCCAUUGUCGCGCAAGCGCGUGGUGGAGGAUAUGCAGCGGCUUUACGGUGGUGCCGGCGGAGCAGCGAAGUCGACCGCUGUGGACUCUGCGAGCGAACCACUACAGGCAACCGUCUCUGCGAAAACACAAAACGUGUCAUCGAUGAGCAGUCGCACAGGGAGCGCUGCCGAGGCCUCCAAGUCGCCCGCGAUAUCGAAUGAAAAAAACAGCCAUCACUCCCUCUCCACCUCCUUCAGCUCUUCCCCCAGGAAGCCGGGGAAGGGGGAGAAGAAGGCGCCGCUGGCGACGGGGACUGACAAGCAGCUGGCGCGCGAGCAGAUCAUCCGGGUCGGGGUGCAGCGGCUGUACCAGCGUCUCAGCGAGCUGCGCCUGGUCGUUUAUCGCGUUCAAAACGAUGGCAACUGCCAGUUUCGGGCCAUCUCGCAUCAGCUGUUCGGCAAUGAGAACUAUCACGACAUCAUCCGCAGCCAAAUCGUGUCCUACAUGCGGUCAGCACGAGCGGAAAGCUUCGACUACUACUUCGAGUCGCCUGCACAGGCUGACAUAUACUACGACAACCUCGCCAAGCCCGGCUCGUGGGGAGACGAGCUGUCACUGCGGGCAGCGAGCGAUUGCCUCUACGUGAACAUCCACGUCUUGUCCUCUGAAGAGCGCAACUGCUACAUUACAUACCGUCCCUCCUCCGACCACGCCGUCUCGGCGCCGUCGUUUCUCGUAGACGUGUGGAAGCUGCGGGAGCGCCGCCGGGCUGAGCGCCGCCUCCUCCGCACACGCGGGCUGCAACAACAACAACAGCCGCUACAGCACGCCCACCGCCACGCCUUCGGGGAUUUGCAGCAGGCGUCGUCGUACACCGGAUUUCAAGACAACACCCAAGGCCUUGGUGCCGCUACAACAACGCUUCCCAGCGAUUACAGAUACCCCUGCAGAGGCGGUAGCAGCAGGUCGGCGAGGGGAGAACACGGCAAGGCGGCGGUUGAUCAAAGGCUUUUGGUGCCGCAGGGCAGCGCGCCCGGCUUCUCUCCCAGAAGGCAGUCGAUGGGCAACUACGACGAAAAUGCUAAUCGUGUCAAGCAAGACGACGAUAGCGAUGAGGAGGGCGAAAUGGACGCAAACGCGAUUCAGCUCGCCCUGCACCGUAAGCUGCAGCAGUCCGAAAUCCGCUUCAGUUGGCCGUCCUCGACGAUGGGCAGCAAUAAUGUCGGCGCUGUGACGCCAGGGAGUGGCGGCAACGUUGGCAACCUCAGCCUGGAGGCGUCUACGAUGCCGCUACUCCCACAUCACUCGACAGAAGCGCCGAAUCAACUGGAGCAGACGGCGGCAGUGCCGGUGCCGCGCCUCGUUAGCGGCAACGCGGACGCCUCGCGUGGCAUGGCGACGAAUCAGCUCGAGAAGUUCCGUGCUGUUGGCGCCGAGGUGCAGUCGCUCGAUGCGGCCACUCAGCCCGUCAAUAUUUUUACCCAGAGCAUGGAAACAGCGAACACGUGUGGCACGGACGAUGUUGCCAUCUGUUUUCCCCGCAAGCCAACGUCAGGCGCGACAGCUCCUGCAACGUCAUGUGCAUCGCUACUUCAACCGCAGGCGCAGCGCAGUAUCCUGACCAUGACAAGCGGCACAAUCGCAGAGACGCCUCUGUUAGGUGGCACGCGGCAGGUUGACCCUAUCGCUGCCCCUCCAGCGCUUUCACAGACGCAGCGGCAAGGGGACGAAGCUGGCGAAGUCAUGUUGCUUGCGUCCACUACAAGCCGCGGCCCACCCAAUCAGGUGUUGCAACAGCGCUUCUCUUGUCUGCAGAGCACCACCUCAGCCGCCGGCUACGCUGACCACUUUAACACCGACACCGCGCAAAGUUGCUCCCCCGCGAUACUUUCUCCCAGCAGUGGCGGAUAUGGUGCCAGCUCGCAGCUCUUCGGUAGCUUUGUCCCACGCCCCGCCACGCCUUCUUUCGGCCUCGGGGCCGAUAACGACAGAAACGUGCAGAGCGGCUCGGAUGCCAGCGCUGGUGUCAACCCAUCUGUUCGCUGCUUUUCCUUCGAACCGCGAACAGAGCCCAUUGACAUCUUUCUGUCCUACCUCUACCCACUGCACUACAACUCGCUCAGUGUGAAGCAGUAA